AUGCUACUAUCCAGGCUGUUUCGAAAUACAGGAAUACCACCUCCUCUUCGGAGUCUCCUCGUUCCUCAUGCAUCUCUCCCACCAAACGUCAAAGUUAUGUUUCGUCUACGGCUGGGAGGAUCUCGACUGCAAAUGGCGUCCCCAUUCCUAAAUUCACGACACUAUUCUACACCUAUAACAUCAUCAACAGAGACGGUCACCUCACAGAGGCUUCCCGAAGCCAUGGAGCAGCGCCUGUCGAUGACUUUUACAUGUACCGUGACGGAUUGCAACACACGCUCCUCGCACGAGUUUUCGAAGCGUGCGUACACGAAGGGAAUCGUCAUCGUCCAGUGCCCAGGCUGUAAGAAUCGGCAUCUCAUUGCUGAUCAUCUUGGCUGGUUCAAAGAAGGCACCGAAGAUGGAAAACUACGGACUGUUGAGGACUUGGUUAAAGCCCGAGGAGAAAAAGUGAAAUAUGGUCGGGUUGGAAUGGAUGGGGAUAUCGAGUAUGUUGAUGAGUAG